ACAGGGGUUCUCGCGUUACGAAAAGAAGGCAUUUCCGGCUCCGGUACCAUGGCCGACUCGAGUCCUGAAGGUGUGUCGUCGGCCGCCUUGGGCGGGAAGAGGCAACAGUUCGGCAGCCGGUUCUUGAGCGACCCAGCGCGCGUCUUCCACCACAAUGCCUGGGACGAUGUGGAGUGGUCGGAAGAGCAGGCCGCAGCGGCAGAGAGGAAAGUGCAGGAGAACAGCUCUCAGCGGGUGUGCCCAGAGAAACAAGUUGAUUAUGAAGUCAAUGCCCAUAAAUACUGGAAUGACUUCUACAAAAUUCAUGAAAAUGGGUUUUUCAAGGAUAGACACUGGCUUUUUACUGAAUUCCCCGAACUGGCACCUAGCCAAAAUCAAAAUCACUUGAAGGAUUUAAUGUUGGAGAACAAAAGGAAUGAAAUCUCUGCAUGUAGAAGCAGUGAAGAUGGACAUGGAUUAACAGUGGGAGAACAACACAAGUGUUCUAGCACCCUUGAACAUACAGCACAGAUGUUUUCUGUGGAGGAGACUGUAACACAGAAACUCAGUCACCUGGAAAUUUGUGCUGAUGAGUUUCCUGGAUCCUCAGCCACUUACCGAAUACUCGAGGUUGGUUGUGGUGUGGGAAAUACAGUCUUUCCAAUUUUACAAACUAACAAUGACCCAGGCCUCUUUGUUUACUGUUGUGAUUUUUCUUCCACAGCUGUGGAACUAGUCCAGACAAAUUCAGAGUAUGACUCUUCUCGUUGUUUUGCUUUUGUUCAUGAUUUCUGUGAUGAAGAUCAGAAUUAUCCAGUGCCUGGGGACAGUGUUGAUGUCAUCAUUCUCAUAUUUGUUCUUUCAGCAGUUCUUCCAGACAAGAUGCAAAAAGCUAUCAAUAGGCUGAGCAGACUUCUGAAGCCUGGAGGAAUGAUGCUUUUGCGAGAUUAUGGUCGCUAUGACAUGGCCCAGCUGCGGUUUAAAAAAGGUCAGUGUCUUUCUGAAAAUUUCUAUGUGAGAGGUGAUGGAACCAGAGUUUACUUCUUCACACAAGAUGAACUGGACACACUUUUCACUACUGCCGGACUAGAAAAGGUACAGAAUCUGGUGGAUCGUCGAUUGCAAGUGAACCGUGGGAAACAGCUGAUAAUGUACCGAGUUUGGAUUCAGUGCAAAUACCGCAAGCCUCUUCUGUCCACCACCAGCUGAAAGGCACCUGUUCCUGAUACAGCACAAGCUCGUUGUUUGGGGAGUUUUCUAAAAAGUACAUCUGAAGUGCUGGUUUCUUGAUGUUGGACAACUCAAGAAUUUAAACAAGGAUUGGAUGCAGUGGCACACACCUGUAAUCCCAGCAACUUGGGAAACUGAAAUAAGAAGAUCACAAGUUCAAAGCCAGCCUCAGCAAUUUGUGAGACCCUUGGCAACUUAGCAAGACUUUAUCUCAAAAU